UAAUGAGAGCAGCGGUCUUUAUUGGAGGAGCCUUCAUCCUGACAGCCUGUCUCCUGAGGAGCAGCGAAGCUGUGACAUGCACCGCCGAACCAGCCACCACCGGCUGCAUCGACUGCACCGCCAACCCCACCAAUGCGGAGUGCGUGGCCGAGGCCGCAGCCACCUCAUCUACAACCUCGACCACCACUACGGCGGCUUCCACUACCGCUGCCACCACGGCUGCUCCAUCCUCCUCCGGCGGUGCGACCGGCCCGCGCCGUAAGAUUGUGACUAUCAGAAACCUGGGAUACUAUAACGUCCGGCGUGUUCGGGUGUACCGCAACGGAAGGGGUACCACCAACAACCGAAGGGGCAGGGCCAAUACCAAUGCCAGAAAUCGCAGGCGCAAUGGCAACAACGUCCGCGUGAUAAUCGGGUGA